AUGCCACUAUCACUUUCCGAACGUCGAGAAAGGAAUAAAGUUGCAUCCGCCAAAUAUCGAGCAAAGAAACAUAAACAAAAUCAGGAAAUGAGUACGCAAAUCUCCGAAUUAAAUUCUGAAAACAAUAUUAUAACCAGACAACUUGAAGAAUUGAAAGCCGAGAAUGCUGAAUUAAAAGAAUUGGUAGAUAAACUUAAGGGUAAAUUAGUUGAAGGAAAAAUAUUAAAAAGACUUGGUCGUGGUGCCAAAUUAUCCUCUGGUACCGCUGUUACAAGUGCUACUAUUGGAACAACGGAAAGUUUAACCACUCUAACCGCCACUGUAAGAAAAGGAACGACGAAACGAAAUGGUUUUAGUGGUCAUGCUAAAGGCACCGGUCCCUCACAAAAAAUUACUAAAAAAUAA